AUGCCUGCCACCACCGACAAGCGGGAAAAGGCUCGGGAAGUUGUUGAUAUUCUCGAAGAGAUAUCAAUUCUCCUCAAUACACAACUCGAUCGAACACAACUAUCGCUUUGUGUAUCUCUUAUUGAGAAUGGGGUGAACCCCGAGGCCUUAGCCGCCGCGAUCAAAGAAUUGCGACAAGAGACUCAGGAUUUGCGGCCGGGGUCUGGGAUGUCCGAAUGA